AUGAAACAACCCACCCCAUCUGAAGAAGUCAAACCAGAUCCAAAAGAAUCGAAUGCGUGUCCGAAAUGCGAACGAGCUGGAAAAUUCACUCGAGAAGCCAAUGAGAAGUUGAGACUUUCGAAGAUUGAAGUGAAGCAAUUGAAGAAGGAUCUUAUCAGAAACCAAUUGGAAAACGAGGAGAUCAAACAGAAAGUGAUGGAUAAGGAUGAGAGAAUUCGGAUGUUGGAGAGACUUCUGGAAGAGAAGGAUGACGUGAUCAAGGAGCAGGAGGAGAUGUUGAAAGAGCAAUCGGCAGUGAUUGAAGAUCUCCGGAGAGUUGAAGAAAAAGAAGACAUUCAAACUGUAAUUGAUGAAGAGACUGCAAAGAUUGAAAACAUCAAAUGCAACCUUAUGGCUAUCAAAGGAAUUCUUCGCACUGAAAGUCCUGUUACCAAAUGCACUGAAAUUGUGAACCGACUCAUCAUGAAGACCAAAAACAAGAAAACCAAACAAACGGCAGGAAUGGAGAUGAGAAGAUUCACCAAGGAGGCAACAGAAUAUAUGGAAGGUGUUGAAGACCGACUUGCUAUGAUCCAAUGUAAUCAAUUCGACAAAGCCGAAGAAAUUCCAGAGCUCCCAGAGUUUCCUGUAUUCUCUCAAGGAUUUCGAAACAUUUAUGAGAAUAUUAUGAAGUCGAGACCGCCCAUGAUCUGCCAACAACUCCUAUCAUCGUUAGAAAAGACUUCAGAUGAGUUAGAAGACACCGAGUGUGUAAUCUGUCUUAACAACAUGAACCUGGAGGAUGAGACUACAAAAUGUGGGUGUUGCAAGAGGAGAUAUCACAAUGGAUGUAUUCAAGAUUGGCUGAAAGUGAAGAUGACUUGUCCAACUUGCAAUUCAGGACUUUUGGAUGAGGAGGAGUUCCCAGUGUUGGACUAA